CUGCGGAAUUGCUUUGCUGCAUCCUCAGGGGCUCUCUGAGGCCGUGGCAAGAUGUCUCUCAGUCGCCGAGAUGCAAAAAAGGCAAGAGUGGACCGCGACAAUUCGUCCCUCUUGUCCGCGAUGGCAUACGACGAUGACGCGUCAUCUAUCAACAGUCGAGACCAAGAUACCGACAGUGAAGACGAUGCUCUGCAGCAGCGCGCAAGGAACAGCCGCGAACUCCUUGCCCACGACCGGAUCGUGCUGAUGGAAGAAGAGGAGCUGGACCAACUGGUGACGGACUCAAGACGCAAGCAGGAACUGGUGCGGCGAGGCUCGGCUCUUGCGCUCCCUAAUCCCUUCAAGAAUCUGGUGCGCAAGCCCAGUCUGGGGAGUAUAUCGACUGGCGGCAGCUCCUCGAACGAGAAUCUCACGGCGGAAAAGGGCUCGUCUGAGAAUAGGAAACAGAAGAGACGUACAAGAAGAGAAACGAAGCGGAAGAGGAUCCUGGAAGAGGCCCAGCAUGGCGAGGACGGUGAGCUGAUGUACGAAAUGGAGGAGGGAGGCAUGAAGGAGGGCAGCUCUACGGGUUCCAGCAGCGAAAGCGAAGAGUACGAUCGUCGGAACCUCAAUGCUUUUGCUAACGCAAAGGUACAGCGAGGACGGAGCUGGCGCCGCUGGCUAUUCAUUCACUCGUUGAUUGCUAUCGGAUUUGCGAUUUUAGUCUUGGCUUCCUGGAAGCUUUCAAAGGGGCGGAAGUCGGCGAAAUCUUCUAAAGUUCAUCUUGUCAGCAACGGAACUGCGCUGUUUGCGCCUACCACUAUCAUUAUAAGUCUCGAUGGCUUCCGUGCCGACUUUUUACAGCGGGGAAUCACACCAAGGUUAAAUGCCUUUGUCAAAGAGGGCGUUUCUCCCAAAUGGAUGCACCCGUCGUUCCCCUCCGUUACAUUCCCGAACCACUAUACGCUUGCCACUGGCCUAUAUCCUGAGGCUCAUGGUAUCGUUGGAAACACUUUCUGGGACCCCGAAUUGGAGGCAGAGUUUCAUUAUACAGAUCCAGCUCGGAGUCUGGACCCCAAGUGGUGGGGCGGAGAGCCAUUUUGGGUGACGGCUGAGAAGCAGGGUGUCCGGACUGCGAUUCACAUGUGGCCUGGAAGCGAAGCGCACAUCCUAAACAAGGAGCCUGCCUUUGUUGAUAAGUUCAAUGGCAAAGAGGAGCUGGAUAACAAGGUUUCAAGGAUUCUUGGGUGGCUGGAUAUGCCUGGGAAAGAGAGUGGAUCUGUUGCGGUCGAAGAGAUGAGACCACAGCUCAUUGCAGCAUAUGUUCCCAACGUGGACAGCCACGGCCAUAAAUAUGGGCCAAACAGCACAGAGAUCCGAGCCACGAUUCAGAAGGUCGAUACGAUGAUGGACAAGAUCUUCCGAGGACUCGACGAGCGAAAUUUGACAGACAUUGUCAAUGUUAUCGUUGUAUCGGAUCAUGGUAUGGCUACGACAGAUACAACUCGAGUGCUCCAAUUAGAGGAUCUUAUCGAUACCUCAAAGAUUGAGCACACUGAUGGCUGGCCUUUGUAUGGACUUCGGCCGAAGAAUCCCGAUGACCUACAAGGUUUAUACGACGGCUUGGCGGAAAAGGCCAAAUCUAACCCCAACUUUGAAGUCUAUCUCCGUGAUGUGAACAUGCCGGAGCGAUAUCACUUUUCCAAAAACGACCGCAUUGCUCCUCUAUGGAUUGUGCCCAAGACCGGCUGGGCUAUUGCCGCCAAAGAAGAAUUUGACGUAGAGAAGGCUAAGAAGGAGAACCUUGUAUACCAUCCUCGUGGGUUGCACGGGUAUGACCAUGAGCACCCGCUGAUGAGGGCUAUCUUCAUCGCGAGAGGCCCAGCAUUUCCUCAUCCAGCGAACAGCCAAGUCGAUGUUUUCCAAAAUAUCGAAGUCUAUAAUUUGCUCUGUGACUCGCUUGGCUUGACACCGAAGCCCAACAAUGGAACGUUACGUCUACCCCUUCAGCCGAUUGGCACCCACGAGUCUGAAGAUGAACCUAAGAUACCGGAAGAUCCGGUUACAUCUUAUUCUCUCACUUCGACAUCUUCACAAGCUGCGAAGACCAAGACCAUUGAGCGUCCGUCGGUCCCCCCCAAGCCAACAACUUCUUCUUCGGCUGCUGCGUCGGAGCAACUGACUUUUAUGACGACGUCUUCGCUCCAGCUGCACACCGCUUCAAGUGGAGCCGCAGCGGGGACACCAACGCAACAGCCUCAAGAUCCAGAUGGCGCUCCAGAUUCAUCACCGCCAGACAAAUUGCAAAGCAUAUGGGACUGGUUCUCCGACAAGAUAGAUAAAGUUUGGCACAAAAUCACUGGCGGAUCUGAUUCAAGUUGAGGGACUCCUCCUGUCAUUGCGUGGCAUUUUGAUUUUUAUAUCCACUUCAUUAGAGGCGUUGGGUUGGUAUAUACACUCUGUAUACUCGUAUCUUUUUUGAUGGGGGCAGGGAAAAUAGCGUGAGCGUAUACUUUUUUUUUUUUUUUCGCUUGUGGUUUG